AUGAUACCACCGUGUGAUCCAGUCAUUCUCCACAAUAAUCCCCAGUUCAAACGCCUAUAUGAACAGGUGACUACCACGUUCCUCAAUCCCGACGGCUCGACGCGCGCCGAUGAUGCACAGCCGACGAGGAAGGCGGUUUUGGACGACCUGAAGGAAUGCCGCAUUCGCGAUGCGAGGACGAAGAUCAAAAAGCAGACCUUGCGACGAUUGGCAUUCGACCCUGACAGCGGGCUUCCUGAGGAGUUUCGGGAUCCCGCAGCAAUCGUCUACCUCUACCUCGAGUCCUGCCCCGACCUGUUCAACCUUCCCGCGGACAACGACAACCAACCGGAUGCCAAUGCCCUCCAGCUCCUCGCCCCCGACAUCAGCCUAUUCUACUGCAACCUUCCGGAUCUCAUCGAGCCUUUUUCUCGUAUCUUACUGGCUGACCUUCAGGACCUGCGCACCAUCACCGAUGCAGGAACAGAUUCAGAUACGUCUAGCGCCGAAGCACCUACAGGAGAGCCCUCCCGCACCCGCGCUCGCACGCGUCAGAUGACAACGCGCAGCAGAAGGGCCAUAGACUCCCAGCCAUUCACUCUCGCUUCGCAGCUGAACAAGCGCAUCCGGGCGCUGCGCCACCUACAGUUGAGCGAGCUACCUGCAGCACGGACCCGCAUGGCUGCGACAGCAGCCGAGGUACUAGCGACGCGGGCGGCGGUGCUGGAACGGAUGGUGAUCCUCCUAGAACGGGCGAAGCACGGGGCAUUCGCUCGGGCGACGAAGGCCAAGGCAGAGCAUCUGGUUACGGUCGCGCAGGAGUUGAAUGGAAGGCUCAAAGUUAUGAAACUGGAGAUCUCGGCCACGAUUCAUACACCGGAAGUUAUUGCGGCGCUUGGUCGGUAUUGGGAUCAUCUCGAACGAACGCGGGAACGGUGGGAAGAGAGGCGUGUAGCGGCACUGGAGGAAUUAAAGGCAUACGGCGUUGAGGAUAAGGAUGGAAAGGGUGGAGAAGAGAAUGCCUCGAGAGACACGAUACGCUCCGAGCACGAAUCUAUGAAGGAGGUGUACCGCCGCUAUGGGACACUGAUCCGAGAGAUUGAGGCCAAGAGCCGGGAGAUAAAGCGAAUGGACGAGUUAAAAUUAUCUCACGCGCAGCUCCCAAGAGAAACUAUAAUGGCGGACGACGCGAUCUCCAUCUACGAUGAAAUUGAGAUCGAGGAUAUGACUUUCGAUCCAAAUCUCCAAAUCUACCACUACCCGUGCCCAUGUGGCGAUCGGUUCGAGAUCGCGAUCGAUGAUCUCCGCGACGGCGAGGAUAUUGCCGUCUGUCCUAGUUGCAGCUUGAUGAUCCGAGUGAUCUUUGACGAGGCUGAUCUUGCGAACCAUGAUGAUAAGAAUGGAUCUGCUGGGGCGGUUGCUGUGCAGGCUUGA